CUCACGCUCACGAUGCGCGUGUAACAGCUGCAUUUGAUUCAAGAUUGCUUAUGCUAACCUUCCAGUGGGGAUCCUAUGACUUAUCGUUUCUGUCCUUUGGUAGGCAUUCGUGAUUCAAGUUUAGUCACAGAUUAUCUAUUUUGAUUUUAUAUCGUAAUUAUUAAGAGUCAGAAAGAGUUUAUAGGGCGAAGAAACACGGUGAGUUUAGGUUAGAUUACGGCAAGAAUCUUCGGAAAAAUUAUACAAACCAUGUCGGACAACGUAUGUCUUCAACUUCCAGUGUCGGUGGUUAACCGUGCAACAACAUCAACGGAUCGUAGUGAAUACCUUUUAAAUCUUUUAGAAAAUAUCUUACCACCUUCAGAUACUAAAUCAAUAAACGAAGAAUUGAAAAAGACAUUCACGUUCAACAAAUACAGAACAAAGCAUGUUCGUCGUAAACCAAAGAAGGCAAAAUUUUUAACAGCCAGAAAAAGAACAAAGCUUGGCUUGAAUAAGUUGGAUAACAGGACUAACUUGAAAUACAUUGAUGCAUUAGCAUUGAACCAGCUUUGGUUAGAAUACAUGCGACAAAUGCUUGGCGUUAGGAAUUUCACUGAUUUACCACAAGGACCAAUUGAACCAAAUUGGGAUAACAUUGGCCAACAAUUGCUAAAGGCUGAUUUUCAUGGAGCAAAAAUUGCUGUCAUUAAAUCCAAGUGUCCAAGUUUGGUGGGCAUUGACGGCAUCGUAUUGCAAGACACUAAAUGUACCUUCAGAGUUAUUGGAGAGGAUAGUAUUAUCCGGACGGUUCCUAAAGACACAGCUGUAUUCAAGAUAUGUUUGGGCAAUGUGAAUUUACAAUUGUUUGGCAAAGAACUGUGUGUUAGACCUGCUGAGAGAUCAGUGAAAAAAUUCAAACUUGCUCAUGUACCUGAUUUAUAAAGUAAUUAUGAUUAUCGAAAUAAAAAUGUUGUUUUUUUUUGAGUACUUUUGAUAAUUUAUCAAGUCUCGCAAAUAAAGCUUUCCCACAGUCAAGAGACAGAUGCACAAAAUUAUAUUUUUAACAAGUACGUUAUGCUUUAACAAAUUUUUGUAAAAAAUGUUUAGUGAUGAAUAUCACUUUAUACGGGUUAAUUAGUAUGGGAAUGUGCGGAAUGUGUAUAAUAAGAAAAUGAAAAUAUGUUCGUCAAACAGGCAUUUGUUUAUUUCUCACUGUGCAUAUCCACUUGACACAGUUGUUAUAUUUUACAGCAAAAACAAUUGAAUGCAAUCCAGUUCUUCAAUCACCCAUUCAUGAUAUUUACCUUCUGUAUCAUUUAUUCAUUUUUUUUUUCAAUAAUAUUAUUAAUUCAUAUCAUAUUUUUGUCUACUACUUACAUGUUACACUAAAUACCAAUAUAAUAUAUAAUAAUAUAAUUAUAUAUUUAUAAUAUAUAUGUAUAAUUACUAAUAAUCCUUGCUUUUUUGUUUGCUUUUUGCAAUAAUUAGUUAUAAUAGUAUUUCAAAAUAUUCAAAUAAUCAUGAUAUUAUAAUAACAACAUGCGAUGUGGAUUGGUUGAAUCCCUAUCCAAAUAAUGAAUCACUAACCACUUCAUUUCCAAAAAUUUCAUUCACGAUCAGUUUGAUUUAGCUAUGUUGAAAAGAUAAGUGCAAUGAUAGAGUUUUGGGAAUGUCGCGUACUUUGCGCACGCACCACCAGUUCCUAACGAAUUCUUACAAUUUAUUUACCAUAACUUGAAGGAUCAGUAAACAAAUUACACAGGUCUGAAGAAUCAAAAACGGAACUAAGAAUUGUACCCUAAUCGAUCCCUCACGAGAAAUAAUUAGUGUAUUUGAGUUUAUCUCAUCCCUCAACAUGCAGUUAAUAAUUAAUAACGAUGCUCUUGUCAUGUGAUUUGGAUUAAUGUUUAUACAUCCACCGAAUCAGACUCGUGUGACGUGUUCACUGUCCCAUUCAAUAAUUAGGGGCAAUCUAAAAUUAUCAAUGUGUUACGUUAAGACUUAUAAACUUAUUGAAACAAAUUUUUCUCAAAUGAUAAACGCGUUAAUCAUUCCGUUAGUACAUUUUUCAACGAAACAGUUAAACAUACACAGGUAUGCCGGAAAAAGAUAUUUUGUGACGUACCACUGUAAAUAUUUAUUCUGAUACCAUAGAACGGUAACUUUCGAAUUCAAUUGAAUUGACAAACCAGUCACUAUUUCUAUGACUAAUCGAUGAAAUGUUAAUUCAACAUUUUUUUACGCGUUAAAUGAUUGCUAUUGAAGUAUAGUAGAGAAAUGCUAUCGCAGUAUUAACAUCAUUUAAAAAUCCAUUGAUAUUCUUGCUCCUGUCAUCCAUGCAAUUCCGAUUAUUAAGGAAGA